AUGUACCCGGAUUUAACUCUACCUCCCGAGCCUAUUAUAACUCGAUGGGGUACGUGGUUAUCAGUUGUAUUAUAUUAUUCAAAUAACUUUGAAAAGAUUAGAAACGUUGUCUUAAAUUUAGAUCCCGAAGCUGCAAUAGCAAUAAAAAAAACUGUUGAGCUCAUAGACAGUAAAAAUUCGCAAAACAAUUUAGCAUUUAUUUCGACUAAUUUUGGAUUUUUGGUUGAUACUAUUUCAAAAUUAGAAACUUCUAAAAUGCCACUAACGGAGAGCUUAGAAAUAGUUGAUAAUGCCAUAAAGCAAUUAGAACGGGUUCCUGGAGAAAUUGGAGUUUUGACCGAUUCAAAAUUAAAAAAUGUAUUGGAAAAAAACACAGGUUUUAAUACUGUAAUGUCAAUUAGAGACAUACUAUUAAACAAAACUCCAAAUAACAAAUAUUCAGAAAUUGAAUACACUCCAAAAGAAAUAAUGUGUAUGAAAUAUGCACCUGUCACGUCCGUUGAUGUGGAGAGGUCAUUCAGCCGUUACAAAGCAAUGUUAAGACCGAACCGCCGCCACUUUACAUUUGAAAAUUUCAAGCUAUAUGUUGUUCCUAACUGUUUCCCACAUGAAGACUAUGAUGAAUCAGAAUAG